AGAAGUUACUUGUGUGAAUUGUUAUUUGAUUUUGUAAAUUUAUCUUAUGUCACACAGAUCUCACCCUUCAAAAAUAAAUUACCUUGUAAGCUGUAUUUGGUGAUACGUCUGGUGGAGCAUAUAUUUUUUGGGCGAUAAGAUGACAUACAAAAGACCAGAGAUCGAAAUGAUAGAGAACUGUUUGGGGACCCAGAGACGCAGAAAGCUCCAGAGAGCACUCCGCCAGUUCAAGGUCACUCUCCUCUGUCUAGUCCUCACCCUCGUUGUCCUGCGUGGCACCAUCGGCGCCGGAAAGUUCGGUACUCCCGAGCAGGACUUCAUCGAGAUCCGCGAACGUUUUUACUCCCGGAAGAGCGCCGAUUACCACCGUGCCAUCGAGGAGUUCCAACCGACGUCGUCUUCUGAUAACGGGGACAAUGAUAGUAACAAUUACGGGACAAUCCUCGCCGAGGAAGAAGAGAACGAGAAACCCGACCCGAAUAAGAAACCCUACAAUCUCGGAGCUAAAAUUUCAAAUUGGGACGAACAGAGAUCGAGAUGGCUAAAAAAGAACCCUCAUUUCCCCAAUUUUGUUGGUUCGAGCAAGCCCCGGGUCCUCUUGGUUACUGGCUCCUCGCCGAAGCCUUGCGAGAACCCAGUUGGCGAUCAUUAUCUGUUAAAAUCUAUAAAGAACAAGAUUGAUUACUGUAGGUUACAUGGAAUCGAGAUUUUUUAUAACUUUGCCCUGUUUGAUGCUGAAAUGUCCGGGUUUUGGGCAAAGCUUCCGUUGAUAAGGAAAAUUCUGUUGUCGCAUCCGGAAGUGGAGUUUUUAUGGUGGAUGGACAGUGAUGCCAUGUUCACAGAUAUGGCAUUUGAGGUGCCUUGGGAGAGGUACAAGGGUUACAAUCUCGUGAUGCACGGAUGGAAUGAGAUGGUUUACAAUCAAAAGAAUUGGCUAGGAUUGAAUACUGGUAGCUUCUUAUUGAGGAAUUGCCAGUGGUCGCUGGACAUUCUUGAUGCGUGGGCACCGAUGGGGCCGAAAGGCAAAAUCAGGGAAGAAGCAGGGAAGGUACUCACUAGAGAGCUCAAGGACAGGCCAGUUUUUGAAGCUGAUGAUCAGUCUGCUAUGGUUUAUAUACUGGCCACACAGAGGGAGGUGUGGGGUGAUAAGGUAUAUCUCGAGAAUUCAUAUUACUUGCAUGGUUAUUGGGGGAUUUUGGUUGAUGGAUAUGAGAAAAUGAUUGAGAAUCACCAUCCUGGAUUGGGUGAUCACCGGUGGCCGCUAGUGACACACUUUGUGGGUUGUAAGCCCUGUGGGAAAUUUGGGGAUUACCCUGUAGAGAGGUGCCUGAGACAGAUGGACCGAGCAUUUAACUUUGGGGAUAAUCAGAUUCUUAAGUUGUAUGGGUUUACUCACAAGUCGCUGGCUAGUCGAGGAGUAAAGAGAGUAACGUAUGAAACAAGCAAUCCUGUUGAGGUUACAGACAAACAUGAUUUGCUUCAUUCGACAUUCAAGGCUGUUAAGGUAUCCUCUAAGUAAUUGGGAUCUCAUGCUCACUUUUUUGCUAGUAAGCUGAUUUAGGAAGUGCCCUGUUGUUUAUGCUACUGUGUGUAUCGUGUUAAGUCUGCAUAUAGUAUUCUUUUAUUCUUUGUAAUCAGUGUUCUAAGUUAUAAAUUUGUGAUUCUCACUGAAGGAGAACAGUGUUUUAUUAUAUAUUUUAGCAAAUCACUUCGUUUCGAUGU